AUGAGAGAAGAAGAACUUUAUACGCUACUUGAAACCAAUCCCGAGAAAGGUUUAUCAAGUGACAAGGCGCAACAACUGCUGUCAUACUACGGCCCCAACACAUUAACGCCUACAUCGCAGUACAGUGUGCCACGGCUACUAUUGAAGUCUAUGUGUACAGGUUUCUCCGUGUUAAUAUGGCUGGGUGCAUUUCUAUGUCUGGUGGCGUUUAUGAUAGAAAGUUCUGCCAAACCAAACGCUAGCCUGGACAAUCUCUACCUUGGAUGCGUACUUAUACUUGUUGAUCUGUUAUGUGGCAGUUAUAGCUUUUGCCAAAACUAUAAAAGUUCACAGAUCAUGAAGUCAUUCAACAAAAUGAUACCAACGUACGCUACCUGCAUGAGAGACGGCGUACUGCACGCAGAGCUGCCUGUCUCCGACCUGGUGAAAGGAGACAUCGUUAUAGUCAAAUCUGGCGACAUUGUGCCCGCAGACAUACGCAUUAUAGAAAGCAAAGGAUUUAAAGUAGACAAUUCAUCCCUGACUGGAGAAAGUAUUGCGGUACCUCGUGGAAAUAUGGAUGGAUGUCCCAACUUACUGGAAUCGCAAAAUGUUGCAUUCUUCUCUACCCUGUGUGUCGAAGGUUGGGCGCGAGGCGUGGUACUGUGCUGUGGAGAUCUGACAGCUCUAGGCCGAGUAGCAGGUUUAGCGUCCCGCCUGGAGCCUGCCCCCUCGCCCCUGUCGAAGGAGAUCCGCCGCUUCAUGCGCUGCAUGUCCAUCUGGGCCCUUAGCCUGGGCUUCUUCAUCGCCUGCGCAUCCCUCAUCCUUGGCUACCCGUUUAUGCAGACUACAGUGUUCGUCAUCGGAAUCGUUGUCGCUAAUAUUCCUGAAGGACUACAGCCGACGGUGACGGCAUCUUUAACAUUGACUGCUCAGCAAAUGGUAAAAAAGAACUGUCUGGUGAAGAACCUCGAAGCUAUAGAGUCUCUGGGAGCGUGUACAGUGAUCUGUUCCGACAAGACUGGUACCCUCACAGAGAACAAAAUGGUAGUGCGGCAUAUUUGGCUCUGCAACCAAAAGUUUCUGAUCCCAGAUUCUGAGUUUGACCGUAUACAAAAGAGCCCAGCUUUAACAGCUUUACAAGUGUGCGGGUCGUUAUGUAGUAAUGCCACAGUGGACAACAACGGUAAAGUUAGAGGAGACGCAUCCGAAACGGCCAUUUUGAAUUUCUUGCGAGAAUACUAUGACCCUAUAACAAUUAGAGCCCAAUUCCCGAAGGUCGCUGAAAUACCUUUCAAUUCAAUUAACAAGUAUCAGGUGAGCGUCCAUUUAGACACGGCAUCAUCAAGACACAUUGUCGUGAUGAAAGGGGCGCCGGAGAGCAUAAUCGGACGUAGCAGCACCAUUACGUAUAAUAAUAAAACUAUAAACCUCUCUAAGGAUAUGAAAACUUCCAUUGAAAAGGCUGUUGAAGACCUUGCCGUUACAGGAGAAAGAGUCUUAGCUUUCGCAGACCUAGAACUUAGUACAAGCGAAUUUCCAUUGGGCUUCGAAUUCGAUUCCGAAAACGUAAAUUUCCCAGUAGUAAACAUGCGUCUACUCGGUCUUAUUGGAUUGAUGGAUCCACCUAGAAAGGAGGUCCAGAAGGCUAUAGAGCGCGUGCGAGCUGCCGGCGUCCGAGUGAUGAUGGUAACCGGUGACCACCCCGCGACGGCGCGCGCCAUCGCACACGAGGUCGGCAUCGCCACCUCGGACAAGUGCCACGCGGUCACCGGCACCGACCUGCGCAACAUGAACCCUGACCUCCUCCACUGGACCCUCGAGAAACAUCAUGAGAUUGUGUUUGCUCGAACGUCUCCUACUCAAAAGCUGCAAAUAGUGGAGGCAUGCCAGCGCCUGCGCGGAGUGGUAGCGGUGACGGGCGACGGGGUCAACGAUGCCCCCGCGCUGCGACGCGCUGAUAUCGGGAUCUCUAUGGGCAUUACUGGCUCCCCGGUGUCGAAGCAGACAGCAGACAUAAUCCUACUAGAUGACAACUUUGCGACCAUCGUGACAGGAAUAGAAGAAGGGCGAAAGAUAUUCGAUAAUCUAAAGAAGUCUGUCUGCUACAUCCUGAUCUCGAACGUACCAGAAAUUAUACCUGUGCUGAUGUUUAUAUUAUUCUCUAUUCCAUUGCCGUUGGGAGUAAUGACAAUCCUGUGCGUGGACCUGGGCACGGAUAUGUGGCCGGCGGUGGCGCUGGCGCACGAGGGCGCGGAGCGUGACGUCAUGGCGCGUCCGCCGCGCGUGCAUGACCCGCUCGUCUCUUCGCGCAUGCUCUGCCUGGUCUACGGGCAUAUAGGACUCAUCGAGUUCGCCGCUGGAAUGUUCGCCUACUUCGUCGUCAUGGCCGAACACGGAUUCUAUCCAGAGAAGCUAUUUGGUAUAAGGCAGGCCUGGGACAACGAAGCGGUGAGCGACCUGGAGGACUCCCUCGGGCAGGAGUGGACGUACGCUGACCGCAAACUACUGGAGCGCGCGGCACAGGCCACCUACUUCGUGGCCGUAGUCGUCACUCAAGUGAUGAAUGGCAUCGUCUGCAAAACUAGGUACAACUCGCUCUUCCACGUCGGUAUGAAGAACAAGGCUUUGAACAUGGGUUUAGUGUUUGAGGUAGCCCUCGCAAUUUUUUUGUGCUACACGCCAGUGGUUAAUAAUUUUUUUCGGACUUAUCCGCUACGACUUCGAUGGUGGUUCCUGUCGGUACCUUUCGCGCUCUUUAUAUUUUUAUUCGACGAAUUCAGAAAAUACUGCAUUCGUAAAAUAAAGUUUGGAGGAUGGUUUAACAUGAUCACUUAUUAUUAAACAUACAUUUCAGGAGAUAGGUAUUUGUAAUUAUAAUAAUAUGGCAAUUUUAUAAUAAAACGAAAUACUUCUCGAGAAAUUGGAUUUAUUUUAGCAUUUA